AUGCCAGGGGUACCAUCCAACAAGGCUUGCGAGCGUUGUAAAAAGAGACAUCUCAAGUGCGACGAAACGCGGCCAAGCUGUCAGCGUUGUACCAAUGCUGGCGUGGAGUGCCCUGGUUAUGUCCAAACUCGCAAGUUCAUAGACCAAGGUGCUUCUGUAAGGCGUCGCUAUGCACCUUACAGUGAAGCUCACUCGAAGCCACAUGCGACCAAAUCGAAGGAGGGUGUAGCCAGUAAUCAAUUUGAGCAAAAUGUGAUGCAAAGUACUGCUGACCAGGGUCUGUCCCACACCAACUUGGCCUUGGGAACCGCCGAGGUCACUCAGUUAGCGGUCCGUUCAACGCCAAAUGAGCUAGUGUCAGCCGUGCAAGACCCACCCGUGCAAACAGACGGCAUGGCCGAGGUUGUGAAUCAACCCGCAGUACAGACUGGGGCAGCCGAAAUUGCAGGUUCGGACCAACAGAGUGCUUCCAGUCGGAGCAACGCACAGAGCUCAUUUUCGCCAAAUAAGUCCGCAGCUGGAGGUUUCGCCGAGCGAAAUAAUGUCUAUGGCGAGCUCAAGAAAUCCACUGCUGCUACGCAUGUGAGCUCUCCAAGGAGUCCCUCGCAGCAUGUCGAGGAAGAGGAGUUUCAGGAUAUAUUCUCCGAGCUCAUGACCGGUACCGAGCACGAGCUUGCAUUCCUUACGAGGCACUUCUCCGCAACUCUGGGACCCUGGCUAGACAUCUCAGACUCUGGAAAGUUCUUUUCAGCAUACGUUCCGGUUCGCGCGAUUGACGACCCUUGUCUCAAGUAUGCAAUUGCAGCUCUGGCAGCGAAGCAUCUUGGAAGAGUCAAAGGCGUAAUAUCUCCGGCCAGUGGAGGACUGUUUACCAGUCCACCGACAAUGGAGGUGUACCCGAAUUCCGCCCAGGUGGACUGGUUUCUAAAAGCUGCUAAUUACUACUAUCUUGCCGCGUCUCACAUCAACACCUCGGUCUCCGAUGCCUAUUCAGCUGUCUCUAGCACAGCCGUCCUGGAGUCGCCAGUGGAGAAGAUCAGUCGAUGGCUGAACCUUCAAGUACAGCAAACUGGACAUGGACCUCCUACGGAGCAACCAGUCAUAGGGACCUUUUGGAGAAAAGUGGAAGACUUACUCGCCGCCGCGGUCAUACUCACAACGUACAAGCUCUUGGAUGAAGCCGCAGAAAUGUGGCAAUCUCAUCUCAGCGGUGUCAAAUCUGCUUUUGAUAGUCUCUUGCAAAUAUACAGCAAUCAUGCAGAGCCCCCGCAGUUUUCACAUGGGAUUGCGGCCUGCUUAUUUGACUUGGCUCGCUUCGACUAUCUAGGGGCAUACUUUACUCGGUCUUUGACACAUUUUGAUCCGGACAGCCUCACACUAUGGAGAGCCGCCGGCGUCCCCAUUGACGAUCAAGGAAUCCUCCUGUUAGAGAGUGGACUGACUCGAAACCCAAUGAUGCUCCAACGGGAGGACUUGGCAGCAAACAGUCUAAUCUGGCUUCUGAACAAAGUUCUUAACUUCUUAGCGGCUUCGAAAAGGUCCCAGGUCGAGCAGUGGGUCGGUCAGCCGCCGACAAAUUCACCUUCUCCAACCGUCACAUCUCCACGUUCCCAGCCGACGACAUCGACUUGGUUGAGACUCUGCUUCGAGUUCCAAACGUGGGUUGAGAAGAUUCCCGAGACCUUCCGCCCCUGCCUGCGUCUUGCUCGCCCAAAGGAUCUAUCCAAACUGCCUGAGAUCGCCGAAAUGCCAUUCCCCGAGAUCUUCUACGGCAUGACAUCCUGCGCCGCUGCGAUGCAGCAGUAUCAGUUUGGCCGCCUUGCAUUGUUACUCAACCGUCCACCGGAUGUGAUCAGCGCACCGAGCACCGCCUUUGACCGGUUACAGGGCUAUCGCGAGUUGACGAAAGAGGUCGACUACCGCUGCAAAGAGAUCUGUGGCAUCGCUCUCGGCAGACCGCAGGGUGGUGUCCGUAUCUACAUGAUACCCCUGCUCUUUGCCGUGGGGCAGUGUCUCGAGAGCCCUGAGGAACGUCAGAUUAUUGGAGACCUACUACGCGGCGUCGAAGCUGAUCUAGGAUGGGCGACUGGUUCACAAAUUCAGAAGCUCCAGAAUCUGUGGGAUCAGUGA